CGGUACGUGGCGAACGACCAGUUGGAAGAUUUAAUUGCGUCAUUGGAACGCGAUAUGCCGUCGACCUUCUUUGAUGUUAAUAAUGGUCCGAGUCCUGGUAAUGACCAUUUCUCGGAUAAUGAUAAUGAUGGCAAUUUCACUCUCGAACCAAUUUGUCUACCAUCACAUCAUAAACAAGAGCAACAACAAGCCUGCAAGGACAAUACUCCAGUUUGGUCACAACAACCUUCCACACAAUUCGCAGUUCAUCAGACGUCUCAUUUGGACCAGAGUACAAUAAAUCACGUCGAUGCAAUGCCCACGCAAGUGCCGAACGUCGAUCGUCAUAUAUCAGCCAUCGAUGCUGUGCAAUCGUCGUUCGAACGACCCAUAUCCUUAUCAAGUUCAGCUCCAAGUCGUUUUAUUCCGUCUAAACAAAAUUCGCUCGUUGAUGAAACAAAACUGCAAUCAGUCAUGUGGACUGAUCUGUCGAGCGAAAGCCCUGCAAAUCUUGAAGUAAGUUUCAAAUCAGCACUGCAAAUAUUGAAGUUUCAUACUGUUUGGAAUCGUUUGUCCUGA